AUGUCGGCUCGUCACGAUGUUGUAGAUGUCACCACGGGUCAGUCAACACGUCCUGGAGAGCCACAUGUCCUGAUCAAGCGCUCUGAUCAAAAGUGCUCUGCCCGUGAAGCGAGCAUUGAUGCACUUCGUGAUGAUGAAGCUGACCCCGCUCGCGAUGAUACACCAAUAAGGCCCGCGCCAGAACCUCUAAUUUCAUGUCCACUUUGCGCACUUAGGAAGGGAAUACUGAAGAAAGUGCGCUUUGAUGAAGCAUGCGGGCCCAUGGAAAAAGAAAACCACGGCGAAGACGUGGUGCCUGUUGAUUCGGCAUUGCGCGACCGCCAUGUGGCACAGGAAGUUUACCAUGAGAGCUCAUUGAAGCCAAAAGGUAGUCAGAUCUAUCCAUCAAUCCUACCGUCACUCGCACCUCCACCGCCACCGCCUCCUCCUCCACCACCGCCCCCAACGGAUGCGCCCCGGCCUCCUACACUCUUCAACAAGGCUAUUGAACAGGAUGAAUAUUUGAACGCAGCGGCCCUUCGACUGUACACUAGCUUCAUAGAUGAACUCUCAGAGUUCGUCCUACAGCAAGAUGAGGUGAUAAGAAUGCGACUUGCUGUUCAGGAGAGGCGGAAGGAGCUACACAGACUAAGAGAACAAGUUUCCAAAUGCGACAUGAUGCUCAUCAACUGCAUGCGCGAAAGAGUCAAUGGAAGCCUUUCAUCGGACGACCGUACAAUGCUCCAUCUUUUCGAAGCAUCACAGGCGGCAAGGGAUGAGAUCGGGCCUGUCGAAUCAGAAUACGAACCAUUUGAGAUCAUGUUAGGGUCCAAAGAGCAUCAGCUAGUCGAAAAUUAUGCCAAAUUAGAGGGAACCUUCGAUCAUUUCUUCCGACUCAAUACAGCACCGGUGACUAAGCCAAAGGAACCAUCUGAAAUCGAAUAUGAGGCUUCGUCGGUGGCCUCUGCUGACAACGAAGAUGCUGCUUUUGGAGACACUGAGCACCUGCAUGGAGCUCUGAUCGGGGAGAAUGUUGGUAUUGGCCAACUGCCAAAGCAUGCUGCACAGCUCAUACCAGGCGCACGAAAGCAUGGGGUGUCCGGUGGUUCACAUAGAAGGACCGUGUCUUUAGGAUCCACCGACAUACCGAGACCUCGCAGCAGCGGUUUUGCAGAUGAGCGGACAUCAUUCAAUCAUUCGACAGGCACACUCAAUUUCAUCGGUAUUUGGAUCACUGAUACCCUGAGUUUGUCCGGGACUGGUGCCAUGCUUCAGGAACGACCUGACGAUGAAUCAGCAUUCUCUAGGAGUAAUUACAUCGACAUACCUGACGCACUACCAGAUUUUAUGGAAAACUACCCCGUCAACCCGGGGCUCGAGGAAGGCAAUCCUUUGCUCUUGCUUGGCGAGAGCAACGAGACUCGUAGCAUCCUUAGUGACUAUCUCGUAAACUUCGAAAGCACACCUGACAGAGUAAACCGCUGGAUAUUGCACCAGCUUCGGAUUUCACCACGGGAGAUAUACACGCUUCACAGAAACAUUGCGGAACACAUGGGAGAGCCAUUUCACGAAGCUUCAUCAGUACUCAAAGCAUGGCCGCAUGACAGUCUUGGUCACGACAGUUCGUACAAUCAAGGAUCAGUCGAGUUUGAAGGAAGCUAUCAGAACCCACAAGCUCUUGGGUACCAUGGAGCAUGUCCUCCUGAAUGCCGUGAUACACACGGCUGGCCAAACAACGAAGCGUGGCUAGUGCAUCAGUCAUCCACUUUCUCUAAUGUAGAAUUUACACCGAGUUUGCAACAUCAGCAUAGAUCGGAGUCUAUCAAGCUGAAGCAGCAUGAACUACUAUCAGGCCUUUAUGACGAAGACUGA